GGUGAUUGAAGGGUAAAAUAGUCUUUGUACGAUAACCGCAACAGCAAAAAUAAAAACAAAUCGCUGAUAUAGUACGUACCGUCUUGUGCUUGGAGCCACUUUCUAUUUCCGCGCAUACAUAAACAUAACCUUUACCUUCUUCUCCUUCUCCCCCACAGAUAAAACCAUUCUCCACAGUUAUCAUUGGUUACAUUAUCAAGUAUAGGCCCUCCCUUCCUCUCCAAAGAAGCUCAAUGUCAUGGAUGAUUGUCCUGCAAAAUUAAAAAUCAUCCCCGACCACUUUCAAAUUCCAACAUCAAGAGUAGAAUCUUCUGAGAGCAGAGAAUUAUCUACUACUGAAGAACCUAGAAUUGAUCAAUCUUUAAGGCCCUCACUCCAGCUGUGGACUCGAAGAAAAUUUAGGACAACUUUCAUGUUGAACUUGUUUACUCUGCGAAAACUUUCAUGGGGGUCUGAUACUGGAGGUCAGGAAAAGGUUGAGCUAACAGCUGCAGAAUUAGAGUCACUUCGAUCGGAGCUUGCUGAUUUAGAGGAAAAGGAAGCUCACUUAAAAGCUCAGUUGCAACAUAUAGAUGAAGUUCUGCGAUCAGCUCGUCUCUCUGGCUAUUUACAAAUUAGAACUAGAUGGACAGCACUUCCGGGAGAACCCCCACCUAUAGACGAUACUGAAGUAGAUGAUUGGCUUCCUCGCUUUGUCGUUCUUCAUGGAGCAUGUAUAUUCUUAUAUUUCUUGUCUACAGAUAUAAGUCCUCAGGACUCAACCCUUCUAUCGGAUAUUCUUGAAGUAGGGAGAUUGCCGUGUUUUAAGCGUGAAAAUGAUGAAAUUCAACAUGCCUUUUAUAUUUUAACUCGUCAUGGAUAUCGCUAUGAGUGCUCAAGCAGUUCUAUGAUACAGGUGGACUCUUGGUUAACAGCUUUACAAAGUUACAGCAAACUAGAAUCUGAUAAACCAGUUCCUAAUGGUUCGAUUGAGAUGCAACACAGUUGACGAGUUUAAGUGGCUUGGAAUCUAAACCACAUUGUAAAUAUGACACUAAUGUCUCAAAAUGUUUUCAGGAAUUGAAUGAA